UCCGCCCCCGAUAGUUUCUGACGUCACAGCGUACCACAGUCCUCCCCUCGGCUGUUCUGCUGAAUCAUGUCGGACAAGAAGGCGCCGGUUGACCUCGGCUUGUUGGAGGAGGACGAUGAGUUUGAGGAGUUUCCCGCCGAAGGUUGGACUGGUUUAGAUGAAGAUGAAGAUGCCCAUGUCUGGGAAGAUAACUGGGAUGAUGACAAUGUAGAGGAUGAUUUUUCUAACCAGUUAAGAGCUGAAUUAGAAAAGUUUGGAUACAAGAUGGAGACGUCAUAGGUGAAGUCCUGCAGGAUAAGAAUGUGUGUCGGAAAAAUAAAGAACUCUGAAUAAAUGUUUAAAACAGAACAGUUUUUCAUUUUCUCCAAACCCACCAAGUUGGAUUGCCUAGACUAAAUUUACAUGUGGCAAAUGUAAUAUUGAAAAGUGAGGUGUAAUGGAAAAAGAAAUGUUGUUCAAAAUCCUUUGCAAAGGAGGACAUUUUUGUGAAUCUUCCUUUUAUAUUUUCAUAAAUUGUUUUGAAAUGUAGUGUAGCCUGUAAAGUUUUCUCUUCAUUUUGUAAUUGUUCCAUUCGUGACAUAACACUGUGUAAGCACGUACAAAAACCCUGGACUCCAAAAGCCUGUUUUACCAAUUUCAUUGAAGCUAAAUUUUUUCAGUGGGUACAAAAGAUCAAAUUAUGAUUAAAGUUUUGCUUUUGAGGUUAUCUUAUUUUGUGCAAUGUAGACAUAAAUAAAAUAAAUUCUGACGUUUA